CUCCUCGCUGCGGGAGCUGGCAAACCCGCCAAGCGAUCGAGAAGGUGCUGGAUGGGACUUGGCUCUCCGCAUCAAAACAGGUAAAUCCGAGGGGCACAACAUGACAAAAUGAGAGCUCAACCCACCACAGACGGCUGGCGACAUCCUGACGUAACUGAGCUAUUGAUUCCCCGUAUUUUUCCCGCCGCCACCGCCAAGUUGCUGCCUCUGCUUGCUUGAUAUGGCAUAGAGAAACAGGCCCUCACGACUGAAGACGGGGCGGGCCUGAUCCGCGACCUCGACGACCGAGAACAACUUCUGCGCCUUCUUGAGAAACUGCAUGUCGGCCCGGCGGCGUUUCUUGAAGCAGAAGUAUAUGGUCGCCUCCGGGCAGAGCGUCAGCAGGUCCGCCAUGGUCUUCUGCAGCAGCGGGAAUGCUGGCUCGAAGUAGACGCAAUCGGCAGCGAGAAUCACGUUCGGCCGACUCUCGACGACCUCUUGCGGGAGCUCUUCGCCCCUGAUUGGAAAUCCGGAAGAUGGAUGCGGAAGGCGGCAGGCCCAGUGCGACCCCGCCGCCGCCAUGUCGCCCCGUCUUGUCAGCAAGCCAUUGUUCCAUUUCUCAUGCAGCCAUCGCGGCAGCCACGGUCGUUAUUGGGCGGGGAAAUCAUGCCGCAAAUGAUGGGGGAAAACGUGGCAGAAGCAACCGCCCGCUGCACCUCUCGCUCUACAUGCCUUCCACCGGGCUCACAACAUCUGGGGGAAAGAGAAAGUGCACGCAGGGCGGGGAGACGGGGGCAAGGAGGAGGGGAGGUGGAAUGGACGGCCGACUGGCGGAAAUGAUGGCGGUCCAAGGGCAAGCGUACCAGUUCAGCAACAUGGCCUUGGCACGGGCCUCCACGCCGUUGAGGCGGAUGUUGUGCUCCAUCAGAGAAAACAUCUCCUCCUGGUCCGUGACGAGGAUUUGGGUUUUGAUGUCCUGGCACCCUCGCGCCACGGCGAGCGAGACGAGGCCGCCUCCGGCGCCCAGCUCGAGUCUGCAUGUGCGUGCACGGCCGGCCACCCUCUCCCCACUCUCGUCAACUUCACACUCUUGCGCCCAGUGUUUUUUUUCUUCCACGCUCGCCAUCAACCCGGCCGCUUGCCUCUGCAAUUCCCACUUGAGCGAGCUGGAGGUCGUGGCGGCCCUGUCGUCGCCGCCCAAUCCCACGAUGCGGGGGCGCGGGGCGGGUGGUGGUGGCGAGGCACAGGGGAGGGGAGGAAAAAAAAAAAAAAAGCUCAUUUCACGGACAUUCUUGCGUCAGCGAGCCUGUCUCGGUGGUAGCGCAGCAUGUGCGUGGCGAGCACCAUGCCCGCCGGCCACAGCUGGCCGCCGCAGCCCGAGCUGAGGUCCUCGUGAAGCUGGAGCGGUGCCGAGAGCAGGCCGUCAAAGUCGAGCGUCGUCGUGCCCGCCUCCUUGUACUCUGGCAGCGGGGUCAGGUCGGCGUCGAUGGCCAGCGGUGAGAACUCGGGCGAUUCCGACCGCCGACUGCUGUCGAUUGCCAUGGUGCAGUUCGCUUUCGUUGCUGCUCCUGUGGUCGGGUUUUUGGUUUGUGAUGAAAUUGGGGGUUUUUUUUGGGGUUUCUGGAGCCGCCGCGUGCGGGUUUGGGCCUCGAAAGAGCACUUGCCCAAAAAAUGCCGGCGGCGAGUCACAAAGACCGUUCUCGAAGCACACAACCGCCCGAUCCAAACGGGACCAGGUCACCUCGUCAUUUCCUACCCCUUCUUUCCAUCCAUCGACCUUUCAUCAUCAGAAUAUCCCUUCUCCCAAUCUCAUUCCCGCAUGCCUUUCUAUUCCGUUGGCUACGUUCUGUUGCCGUAUCUAGGCUUCUUGGUCUUGGGGUACUUCGUGUGGAAAACGUGGUAGUUCUAUACGGUCCACGCGCCAGAAGUCUGUAUCCGUCGAGUGACCGUCGUCUCUGGUCCCGAUAUCACGGCUUCGGAUCGCACGCGCCCUUGGCGUGAAGUAGGCGACAGGGUGAGAAAAAAAAAAGGCAGGUUACAAUGCCUACAAGGCCUUCUUUCAACUGUCCCUGUCCGAUUCAAGAGAGUCAUGGCAGUGCCAAUUGGUUGCCGUUGAAAAUUCGGGUAGUGUCUCUCGGGAUAAAUCGUAAGCCUUCCCCUUUCGCUUGCGUUGAAGCCAUCGCCCUGCCAAGUCAGAACCCAUUAUUGAAGGGCUCGUCUCAAAUUUUCCACUGCUCCCUCGCCAGGCAGUGGCCAAAGAUGACGGAGGCAUGAGGUGCUGUCUCAGAGGCUCUGCCACCCAUUGGAAUGUGCCCUAUUUCCACAUGGUGUGUUAAUUGUUGCUCCCCGACCUUGACGAGCCGACCUAGACCCCUCGGCAAUGAUGCCAGCCUUCCAGCCCCGUCUGGGGAAAGAUGAACAUCGCUCUCGGUUCAGAUUUGACGCUUCCGUGAGAGCUGCCGGUUCCUAGACCGUUCGAUCAGCCAAUGUGUUUUGAUAGCACGCCGCCACCUUCUUUCCGACCAGCCUCGCCCUCGCUCGCUCUUGUUUCUGUUUCUGCAUCUUCCAUGAGCGCUCGCAAAACCUCCUCUACGAGAACCCUAUCGCGUCCGGGAAGAUGGCGUCGCUCGUGCGCCUAGGUCUAGUGCUGCUUCUGACGGGCUUCGCCAGCGCUGCUCCUUCUGUCUCCUUUCCGAUCAACUCCCAGGUGCCUCCGGUCGCGCGCAUCUCGGAGCCUUUCUCUUUCAUCUUCUCCAGCUCGACGUUCACCUCUGACUUGCCCAUAACCUACUCUUUUCUCAAGGCCCCAAAGUGGCUGUCCAUCGACGGCAAGGCCCGACGACUCUUCGGAACACCGAAGGAGGCCGAUGUCACGUCUGGUGGUGAUGUAGUUGGUGUUCCGAUAGAGAUUGUCGCGACUGACCGAACCGGAUCGACAACUCAUUCUGCAACCCUGAUAGUCUCUAAGCAGCCGUCGCCGGAGGUGCUGAUCCCAUCAGCCGAACAAGUCCCCACCUUCGGCCCCUUUUCGCAGCCGUCAUCGCUGCUCUCGUACCCAGAGAGGCCUUUCAGCUUCGCCUUCUCCUCCAGGACCUUCUCGCGAACCGACCUCGAGUACUACGCCGUCACUGCCGACAACAGCCCGCUCCCGGCUUGGAUCUCGUUCGACCCCGAAAAGCUCGCCUUCACUGGGCGGACGCCUCCGUUCAGUUCCUUGGUAGAGCCUCCACAAACAUUUGGGUUCAAGCUAGUAGCUUCCGACGUCCCAGGAUUCUCGGCUCUCUCGGUAUCGUUCUCCGUCGUGGUCGGAAACCAUCAACUGACGGCGACCAAUCCGACGAUAAUCAUCAACGCAACCUCGGGAACGCCUGUGGCAAAUUCUGACUUGAAGGGCAAAAUCAAGAUUGAUGGGCAGGGGGCAAACCCAGUAGAUAUCGCCUCGACAUCAGCUCCGGGCAUCCCCCCAUGGCUCACGUUUGACAAGAGCAAUCUCGAAUUCAAGGGAACACCACCUACAAAUGCUCAGUCCACAGCUUUUCCACUGAUCCUCAAAGAUGCGUAUGAAAACGCACUCAACAUCACUGUACAGGUCAAUAUGGCCACUGACUUAUUUCGAAGCCCGUUGAAAGAUAUCACACUCAAGGCAGGCUCCCAACUACUACUCGACUUAAAGCCUUACCUCUGGAGGCCGUCCGAGACUGAGAUAGAACUCGAGAUGCAGCCACGGGCCCAGUGGGUUCGAUACGAUCCCGAGACCAUGACAAUCUCUGGUGAUGCCCCAAGGAAUCCCUUCACAUCCACCAUCCUGCUCAAAGCAAGGGCUGUAGGCAGCACCGGACCCAUCGACGAAAGAGCGUUGAUGGUCAGCAUUUCUCGGUCCGAGGUUCCUACCCCUACGGACCAGACCACAAGCACGAGUCCCGCAUCUCCCUCUACAAGCGCCCCUGAUGCGCCUGACCCGGCAGCGGAUGCGGUGGGCAACUCGAGCGCAAACUCGCCACGGCUUGCCAUAAUCCUUCCGGCCAUCCUUGUGCCUGUGUCCCUUCUGCUCGUAGCAUUUGUCAUAAUCUGCAUCUGCUGUCGCAGGCGGCGCAAAGGGUCGUCACGCAGGUUGGAAGCCAGGGACAUCUCGGGCCCUGUUCCGGGAAGCUACGUCAUGAACGGCGAGGCCUACUCAAACUCGUCGUUGCAAAACCUGAACGCGCAAUUCGACACACUCCCUCGGACGCCCACAAUGCCCGAGCAAGCGGGUGGCAACAUCCCAGCCCCAGCCUCGGCCCCUGCCGGCUUGGGGUUGAGGGGAAACCACAACGCAAUCCCGGUGCCGCCCGUACCAGAUGAUGUUGGUUCUGCGCAUGGGAGAGGCGGCGGCGCCUGGAGCAUGGCCAGGGCGCUUGCCGGGAGGAAGUCUCGCAAGUCGAAGACAAAGAGCUACCUUUCGGACACAAGCUUCUACGACGAACCGAGGCACUUCGAAAGCCUUUACGCACCGCUACCCGGGAGCACCGUCGCUAGCGGGGCGUUCCGCGGCAAUAUCGAGGUGGACAUACCGACCUUGAGCAAUGCCGACAGCAUACAGCAAACACCAGAAUCCAAGCGCCGCCAGAUGCCGGGCGCGGAUGCGCCGUCGUCUUCAAGACCGCCCUCCAUGGCCGGCUCGCUCGGGGUCGGGAAGAGGCGCCUAUCUCGGGCAUUUGGCGCUCACAAGGGCACCACAGCUGCCGACUUCAUCCAGAGCCUAAAGAGGAGCGCAGACACGACGGAACUAGACCUGUCGGCGUCGCCCCUGGAGACGAGAGAGGCGGCAGGCAUGAUCGACCGCCCCCGCCCGGCGGCGGUGUCUGUCCGCGCGCCGUCGUCGCUCCCCGUGAGCCGGCGCGGCCAGGGCUCGGACGGGACCAACAGCCUCCGCGGCUCGGGGCGGCUCAGGGAUCUGCCGCACAGCCGCGGGGACGGCGACCAAGACUUCGAGCCCGAGUCCCCCUCGUCGCCCCUGGCGCGCUUCUCGAGGACGGCGGACCCGUUCGCGACCCCGCGCCGCGUCCCGGCGAGCCGCUCGGCGACGCCGUCGGUGGCGGGGGCCCAGACGGUCUCGUCGCUGUCGUCGCUGUCGUCGCCGACCCCUCUCAGGACCGGCGGUGGCGGCGGGAUUCCGAACUGGACGAUCCACCCGGCGGACGACGACGACGCGUCGGCUGUCGUCAACGAGUGGGUGGUGCGCGACGCCAACGGGGAGGGCGGCGGCGGCGACGGGAGCAGCACCGUCAGCGACGGGACGGACUGGCAGACGGUGCACGGUCAGGACACGGUGCCGAACGUUGCGGCGGCCGACUCCCCGUUACCGCCGCCCGUGCCGGCCAGGGACCUGAAGCGAGUGUCGCGCUAUUCCAUGUUGAGAGGGCAGGCUGCUGGCGAGACAACGGCCGGGGACGGCCUCUCGGGCCAGUGCGAACUGUCCAAGGGGUCCAGCCUGGGUUCGGGGGACAAUGAUUUCGCUAUUUUUAUCUGACAUGAUUCUUCCGCUUCUGUUGCUGGCUGUAUGUAUUUAGGUAGGCAAAGGGUUGACCGAGCUUGUUGUUUUCCAAUCUUCAUUUCGUACUUUUGGCUUCUUUCCGCAUUUGGUUUUCUGCCUCAUAUAUUUGAGUUUUUGUAUCUGUAAUGCUUCUAUAACGCUCUCGAUAUUUGCUUAACGCGCAUGAACCCUGCUCGCGUGUUGGUCUGUUUCCGUGAU